CAAUUUACAAAUACUAUUUGAUAGCCUUGGUGAAUCUGCUACAUAUUUUUUAUCGUUCUGGCUUUAAUCUCUUUCACAUACCAGGAAUAUUAAAAGAAAAAUAACGGUGUAUAAAUAAUAAUAAUAAUAAAAAGAGAAGAACGGAGUCAAAAGAAAAGCGCGCCAAAAAGUUAGGGUUUCGGUUGCAGAGAACAGAAGAGAAGCAAAUGGCCAUAGAAUGUCUGGUUCUAGGCGCAGGGCAAGAGGUGGGGAAGAGCUGUGCAGUGGUGACCAUCAAUGGCAAGAGAAUCAUGUUCGAUUGCGGCAUGCACAUGGGCUAUCUCGACCACAGACGCUUUCCCGAUUUCUCUCUCAUUUCUAAAUCCGCUGAUUUCAACACCGCUAUCGACUGUAUCGUCAUUACUCACUUUCACUUGGAUCAUGUUGGGGCUCUUCCUUACUUCACGGAAGUUUGUGGGUAUAGCGGACCCAUUUACAUGACGUAUCCAACAAAGGCAUUGUCUCCUUUGAUGUUGGAAGAUUAUAGGAAAGUAAUGGUGGACCGAAGGGGAGAGCAAGAAUUGUUCAGUAAUGAUGACAUCAUGAAGUGUAUGAAGAAAGUUAUAGCAGUGGACCUGAAGCAGACUGUGCAGGUUGAUAAGGAUCUUCAGAUCCGUGCCUACUAUGCAGGACAUGUUCUUGGGGCUGCAAUGUUUUAUGCAAAGGUUGGAGAUGCUGCUAUGGUGUAUACAGGGGAUUAUAAUAUGACACCAGAUAGGCAUCUUGGAGCUGCUCAAAUUGAUCGAUUACAGUUGGACCUUCUUAUAACAGAGUCAACAUAUGCAACCACUGUUCGUGAUUCAAAGUAUGCUCGUGAGAGGGAAUUUCUUAAAGCAGUUCACAAAUGUGUAGCCGAUGGAGGAAAAGUGCUAAUUCCUACAUUUGCUCUUGGAAGAGCUCAGGAACUUUGUAUACUGUUGGACAAUUAUUGGGAGCGCAUGAAUCUAAAGGUUCCAAUUUACUUUUCGGCAGGCUUGACCAUUCAAGCUAAUAUGUACUAUAAAAUGCUUAUCAGCUGGACCAACCAAAGAGUCAAGGAGACAUAUGCCACUCACAAUGCAUUUGAUUUUAAAAAUGUUCGGAGUUUUGACCGCUCUCUUAUAAAUGCUCCUGGACCCUGUGUUCUCUUUGCCACACCCGGGAUGAUCAGUGGUGGUUUUUCUCUUGAGGUUUUUAAGCUUUGGGCUCCAUCUGAAAUGAAUCUUGUUACACUACCUGGGUAUUGUUUGGCUGGAACUAUAGGACACAAAUUGACAACGGGUAAACCAACGAAAAUUGAUUUGGACAAAGACAUCCAAAUUAGCGUACGAUGCCAGAUUCAUCAACUGUCUUUCAGUCCUCAUACAGACGCCAAAGGGAUUAUGGAUCUGGUCAAAUUUCUCUCCCCCAAGCAUGUAAUACUUGUACAUGGUGAGAAGCCUAAGAUGGCUUCUCUUAAAGGAAAAAUUGAGUCUGACCUAGGAAUCCAAUGUUAUUAUCCAGCAAAUAAUGAUACCGUGUGCAUUCCUUCAACUUGUUGGCUGAAAGCAGAUACCUCAAAAACAUUUAUUCGGAGUUCCUUGAAUCCAAAUUUCAAGUUUGUAAAAACCAUUUCAGAAGAUAAAUCAAACUUGGUUUCUAAAGAGACCGAAGCCACUUCAGUGCUGCAGGUGCAUGAUGAAAGGGUAGCUGAAGGGAUCUUGAUUGUGGAGAAAAGCAAGAAAGCAAAGGUUGUGCACCAGAAUGAGCUUCUCCUCAUGAUAGGGAAGGAUAAACAUGAUGUUCAGUUUGCUUAUUGUUGCCCUGUACAGAUUGGAAACUUGGAAAGGACCAAAGGCAUGGAUUUCGCUUUAUCAAAGAAUGUGGUUUCCACAUCUGAUGAAUGCUCUUGGCUUCACCUACUAUUUGCAAAACUUGCAACCAAAUUAGGAGGGAACAUCCAAGAUUUUGGUCAACAUCUUCAAGUGGAUUCCAUCCAUAUCUCUGUAUGUUUAAAGGACAUCUGCCCUUACAGAACCACCGAUGGCCCUCAAAAAGAACCAGCGGUGUUUUUUUGCUGCACUUGGUCAGUGGCAGAUGUGAAUCUUGCUUGGGAAAUAAUUUCAAUUAUGGAGAACUUGGAUUUGAGUUUUUUCCCAAGGUUCCCACAUCUACCGUUCAACACACAGCUGCAAAGCGUCCAAAGACUCCAGACUUUCCCCAAAACCCCCCAUCAAAAAAUUCACAAUUAUGGUUGUCCAGUCACCUGCAUCAUCGUCGUCGUCUUCCUUUUCUUCUCUCUGCAAUUCUUACUAUUAACAAUGUCUGAGACCUCCACGACCACCGGCACAACUGCGCCCCUGCUCCGACCACGUCAGGGCACCGCCGAGCAGUCCGCCAGGCCUACUACGCUCGCGCUUCUCAUGGGUCGGGCCACGGGCAGGCGGGGUCCCUCGAUGCUGGUCAGGGAGACGGCGGCGCGUGAGCUGGAGGAACGGCGUGCCGACUGGGGUUACUCCAAGCCGGUGGUGGCUCUGGACAUGAUGUGGAACAUGUCCUUCGUGAUCGUUUCGAUUGUCAUGCUGAUUUGCACGGCGCGUGAGAGGCCCAACACCCCGAUUCGGCUCUGGAUCUGCGGCUACGCGUUGCAGUGCGGGGUGCAUGUGGUGCUGGUGUGGCUCGAGUACCGGAGGAGGAAUAGGCGGCGGGUUCGCGAUGAGGAACAGCAGCAGCAGCCGCAGCACUCAGAUUCCGAUGUCAAUGAUAGCGAGGACGAGGAUGGAAAUUCGAGCGCUUCGGGGGGUUUCAAUCAGUCGAGUGUCACCAAACGGUGUGAAUCAGUGAAUACAAUGGCAUCAUUUCUCUGGUGGAUCGUUGGCUUCUAUUGGGUGGUCUCUGGUGGUGAAGCCCUCCUGCAAAAUGCUCCUCGUCUCUACUGGUUGGCUGUGGUAUUUCUGGCAUUUGAUGUAUUCUUUGCCAUCUUUUGUGUUGUUUUGGCAUGUUUGAUUGGGAUUGCUCUUUGCUGCUGUUUGCCUUGCAUUAUUGCAAUUCUUUAUGCUGUUGCUGGCCAGGAAGGUGCAUCUGAGGCAGAUCUCAGUAUGCUUCCAAGAUACAGGUUUGAAGCGAACAAUGAAGAAAAGUCUGGUGUAGGAGCAGGCACAAUGAUUCCCACAGAAACGAGCAGUGGAUACUUGGCAAAUGAACGCAUUCUUUUACCUGAGGAUGCGGAAUGCUGUAUAUGUCUCAGCUCAUAUGAGGAUGGAGCAGAGCUGCAUGCACUCCCCUGCAACCACCAUUUCCAUUCUACAUGCAUUGCGAAAUGGCUCAAGAUGAAUGCAACAUGCCCACUCUGUAAGUACAAUAUCCUCAAAGGAAGUGAACAGAUUUGAAGAAGAAAAGGGAAACCUGCAAAUAGCCUGAUUCAUCUACGCACUAUCCUUGUGCACAGAAGAAAUCAAGGCAGAAAAAGUCUGGCUUCUCCGAUACAUUUAUUAGUUUGGGCUUCAUCAUGUGUUCUCUAGCCUUUUGAAGUUGCCUUGAUACUUUUUCUUUGACUCUUUAUGAGUUGUUUCACACUCUUGUGCAAAAACUGAGUGAACAAUUUGCAGGCUUUGUUUUUAUGCUUGAUGGCAUUGUUUUGUAGUUAAUCUGCAGAAAGGAAAUGGCUUCAAAUAUGUAGUAGUAUGAAUAUUAAAGCUAAUUAUACAUAGUCUUGCGAUUCUGGACAUUAGGGAUAAUGAAAUGGUUUUUUCA